CAGACGGAACAGGAGCAGCGGUAGUUCCGAAUUGCGGAUGGUACCUUGGAGUGAUGAGCACAGCAGACACCAUGUUUGCUCCCUACUCUAUCAAACUGUUGCUGCUUUACACCAUGCUCUGCAUCCUAACUGUUCAUUGCUUUGGUGGUGAAAAGGAGUCCUUUAACCUCAGCAGCACCAAUGAGAGCGUGGCCAACGGCAGACAUACCCGGUCCGUGAGCAACCUGCCGCAGCCCCGCGACUGCGCAUUCUCUGCAUGGUCCUCGUGGAGCCAGUGUGACCCCUGCCAAAAGAAAAGAUACAGAUUCGCCCGCCUGGAACAACCUUCUCAGUUCAAUGGAGAUCCCUGUGAUUACACUGAUAAAGAAACUGAAGACUGUGUUACAAAUAAUCCUUGCAGGAAUAAAGUCAGAUGUGAUGGUUUUGUGUGUGCAGUUACAGGGAGAUGCAUUCCACAGAGGCUGCUUUGCAAUGGGGAUGAUGACUGUGGGGACCAGUCAGAUGAAAAGAACUGCAAAAAAGUCUUUAAGAAAUGUGACCGGAAGAUGGAGGAAUACUGGGGAAUAGAAAAUCUGGCAAAAGGGUUAAAUAUCUUCACAAACAACUUGGAAGGAUUAGUUCUUGAUCACAGGUACUAUGCCGGGGGAUGUUCUCCCCAUUAUAUCAUGGACACAAGAUUCAGAAAGCCAUACAAUGUAGAAAGCUACACACCAGAGACCAAAGGCAAAUAUGAAUUUACAAUGACUGAAUACGACUCCUACUCAAAUUAUGAAAGCAGUGUCCUGAAGGGAAAAGCUUCGCAGUCUGGCUUCAGCUUUGGUAUAAAAAUACCAGGAGUGUUUGAACUUGGUUACAAUUCAAAUGACAACAGGUUCAAGAAGUUCAUUCAGAGGAUGAAAAGGUUUUCUUCAACUUCCAGCAAAUUCAUUCAUGCCCGUUCUGAGCUGACUGUUGCUGUUUAUAAGCUGAAGCCCCGAGCCCUGAUGCUGCAUUACGAGUUCCUGCAGAAACUCCAUCAGCUCCCAUCAGAGUACAGCUAUGGGGAGUACCGAGAGCUCUACAGAGACUAUGGCACCCACUACAUCACGGAGGCUACUGUUGGUGGCAUCUACGAAUAUACUUUAGUCAUGAACAGCAGUGAGCUCCAAAAGGCAGGUUUUUCUCUGAGUGAUGUCCAGAAAUGUGCACAGCGUGGCUUUAACAUUGGUGCAAAUAUUUACAAUGUCUAUCUGAGUCUUGGAAUAACUGAUGCUGGCUGUAAAUCCAUUCUAAAAGAGAUUGGAGACAGCACCUCCAAAAAACAGUAUGUGGAAGACUUCAUUGUCCUCGUUCGUGGUGGAGCAAGUGAACAUAUUACCGCAUUGGCUUACAAAGACCUGCCAACAGCUGCACUCAUGCAGGAGUGGGGAGAUGCUGUACAGUACAACCCUGAAAUCAUAAAGCUGAAGGCAGAGCCGCUGUAUCAGCUGGUGACUCCAACUGACUUGGCCAAUGCAAUCACAGUAAAAGAAAACCUGCGACGGGCUCUUGAUGAGUUUCAGAUGGAGACAAGUUCUUGUCGCUGUACUCCCUGCCACAGCAAUGGCAUCCCCUUUCUGCAAGGAACCAAGUGUGAAUGCUUGUGUCCCCUUGGCUACAGUGGCACUGCCUGUGAGAUCAACGAGAGGAAAGAUGCUGCCAUUAGUGGAAACUGGGGUUGCUGGGCCAGCUGGUCUCCAUGUUCAGGAGGUCAGCGAACAAGGAGACGACAGUGCGACAACCCUGCCCCACAGAAUGGUGGUUCACCGUGCUCAGGGCCAGAUGCUGAGACAGUUACUUGCUAGAGGGAAUCAUUAGGAACUUACACAGAAUUGACGAGCAGUUCGCAAACAGAGUGGAAAGAUGUCACCUGACUGGAUCAACUAAGUUGUCCUAAAUCUGUUUAUGAGUCUCACCUGAGCGCAUUGAAGUUGGAAACGUUUCAGAAGAUGUUGGGAACUGGAUGUGUGUUAUAAAUCACAACUUCAGACAUGCUUUGCAGUUGUCCCGUGGGAUUGAAUGUGCUUAUUCUUCUUAAUAGUUUUACUUUUCUCUGUUUUUAAUUGCAAUGGGCUAACUGAGACAAGCUUUAUCUCCUGCCUUCUUUGGUAGCUGCAUGAUUUUAAAUUUUACUGUGUUGUUUGUGAAGGUUCCUUUGAGAUAAGAAAAGACUGUUUGAUCUUACGUGCACCAGAAUGUGCACUAAUAUGCAGUUUCUGUGAAGACAGCUGUGUGAUGUGGAGCAAAAUACAGCGUAUUAAAGUCUAAAUCUCAACCAGCA